AUGGCGUCGGACGAGCUGGCGAAGAAGCUGCAGUCACGACUGACCGCCACGCAGCGGCACGAGGAGGAGCAGGAGCACGAGGAGGAGCAGCGCGAGGAGGAGCCGCGGCCCUCGCGCUUCCCGCCGCGGGAGCAGCAGCAGCAGGAGGCCUCGUGCGGGGAGCCUCCCGCCUCCUCGGAGCUGAGCGCGGUGUUGACCCGCAGACAUGACGUCACCGCCGGCACCGCCGCGCCGAGACUCACGCGGGUGUUCAACCCGUACACGGAGUUCAAGGAGUUCACCCGCAAACAGAUCAAAGACAUGGAGGCGAUGUUCAAACGGUACGACACCGGUAGAGACGGCUUCAUCGACCUGAUGGAGCUGAAGCUGAUGAUGGAGAAGCUUGGAGCUCCACAGACUCACCUGGGCCUGAAGAACAUGAUCAAAGAGGUGGACGAAGACUUCGAUGGCAAGCUGAGCUUCAGAGAGUUCCUGUUGAUCUUCCGGAGGGCGGCGGCCGGAGAGCUUCAGGAGGAGAGCGGUCUGAUGGCUCUGGCCAGACUGUCUGAGAUCAACGUGUCCACAGAGGGAGUGAUGGGGGCCAAAGACUUCUUUGAAGCAAAGAUGCAGGCUCUGUCUGUGGGCAGCAAGUUCGAGGCCGAGAUCCAAGAGGAGAAAGAAGAACGCAAGAGACAGGAGGAGGAGAAGAAACAGAGGCAGGCCGCCUUCAAGCAGCUGCAGUCGGCCUUCUGCUCCUGACGACCUCUGACCUUCACGUCCAGUCGGUGUUACUGAGGUUAAACCAACAGCUUCUCAUUCCACUCACACUUUAAUCAGCCUCACGAUUCGGGACGAAAAAUAGUAAAAGAUGCAUUGAAGUAGAUACGCACUAAAAAUACUUGAAAAUGCCUCGUAUCACGUCACAGAUAAGGUUUAAUCAUUCCAGACGUUAUGCAGCUGUUCCAUAGGAAACAAUAAGGCAAAAACAAGCUCAUCAAAAUGUGAAAUCACAGAAAUAUCAUAGGUUUAUUGUGCAUUUCUGUGGACUUUUCUUCUUUGUGUCCAAACUGGAAGUUUUCAUCUCGAGGUAUUUUUACUUGUUAAGUCAGAUUUAAACUGUGUUCAGUACGUUCUACAUAUGUUUGUUGUUUUUAACUUCCUGUUUCACUUUGUUCUCAUGUUCCUCACCUUGCUAACACUGUUUUAAUGGGUGUAAUUAAAUGUGCACCUUCUCUGCAACCUGCAAUGUAAUAGAAACAAGUACAGUAAUAGAUAAUAACUAUAUCAUAACAGUGUAAUAACAGUAAGUAUUGACGUCUAAUAGUGUCGGUGGAAAAUGAAUCCUUAUGCAACUUUGACUCUUUGCUCAGUGGUCUGAUCAAACACUAAACAGGUUGUUUUUCAUGACUGGUUUACAGUCUGUAGAUUGAAACAGUCGGAGCAGAUUGAUGAUGAUUUGAAACUUUAACUCCCUGGUUUUGAUAUUGUGCAUAAAAACAAUCCCCAGAUUACCACUAAAACUCAACUGUGAAGUGUCACCUUUCAAAAUCAGGGAGGUUUUUUGUUUAAAGGAAUAGUUUUGGGGUUUAUUUGCUUUCUUACACAGGUGGAGUUGGGACUUGGUUAGCCUAGCUUAGCAUAAAGAAACAGCUAACCUGGCUACACCUUCAAAGCUCACUAACAUGUUGAAUCUCAUUUUUCUUCAAUCUGUACAAAAACAGGAAUUUUAAAAUGACAGUUUGUGAUUUUUAAUUUGCACUUUUGCUCUGGAACUGUCAUGAAGAACACUAUUAAUAUCGGUAGUUCCAAAGCACACAACUAACCCUAAAAACACAUCUUUUUAUUAUCACAUUCCUGUAAAUAUACAGAUGGAAUAAAUGAGAUAUAACGUGUGAAUCAGAGAGCUCCACAGGUCUCCAGUCUUUAUGCUAAGCUAGGCUAAUCGUGACCUGACUCCAGCUCACUUUAUCUCAGAAGGAAAGCAAAUAAACCCAGUUUUUCAAAUGUUAAACGAUUCCUUUCAACAUGUUUUCUGCGUCUGCACCACGGUGGACAGACUUCAGCUGCAGCAGUAGAAGCACACGUUCAGAUUAAAGAUGGAGGAGCGGCCUCCGUUAAACACGCGUACCUGUUGAACCAGGGUUCUCAAGCUCGGCUUGUGAUUCUGUUUUUAGGAUCUAAAUUCUCGGCACCCCAGAACAUUUUGCACAGUUUGAUAAGUUGUCAUGUGAAUUUUUUGAGUCUGGUGUAGUUUAAAUAUUCUGUUUCCCACAAGCAUGCAAUGCAUGCAGUGUGCAAGUGUCAACGUAGGCUAGAUAUUCUAAUAUAUUUUAAAUCAAUUUAGCUUAUGUCAGUGUAAAAUAGAUCAAUGUUAGGAAUCUACUGCAACCAUGAAUGCAGAACAAAUGACUGAAGUUAGAAACAAGUGUUAAGCCUCACAGUGAAGCGUUCAAACAGAAGCUUCAUGUGAUUUAAACUCUAAACACAGACGACCUUCGACCUCACCUGUAGGUUUGCUUCUGAUCCUGAACUGCUUUGUUAUUGUCUCUGUAGUGAAAAGGUUUACUGGAACCAUCAGUCUGCUUUAGUCUCUGUGGACACUAAAUGAAUCAUUUAUCUAAAACAGACACUUUGACGUGCUUCACACUGUGACAUGAGACUUUAUAUUUGGUUGUCGUCUGAUUUGUAGCUUCUCAAAGCAUAUGUAGUGUGAGUUUAAAAGGGAAACUCCAGUGAUUUAAUAUUGUACUUUUAUGAAAUGAAGGAAGAAAAGACUCCCAAAACACUUGAUCCUACAUUCCCCAUAAUGCAAAGCUUGAUGUCAGUGUUGAUCGUCCUCUCCCCCUGAAGGUAAAUGUCCAGUUCUUUAAAACGCUAAAGCCCCGUUUAUGCAGCAGCAGACCUUCUGUUCUGAAUUUAAAGCCCACAAGCUUGAUUACAUCACUGUGAUGUCAUUUUCUGAGGCUGCACAGAGCUCCUUCAGAGGACGUCAUACUCUCUGCUUUCACGAGCUAAAGAGGACUUACCUCCUCUGGGUGAAAUCAGUCAUUCAGUGUGUUUAGUCUCUACAGCUGUUCUCUACACGUCUCUCUCUGGGACUCAAAACUUAAAGAUUGAGAUUUUAGCACUAAAAGGCUGCUCCACAUGCAGCUGACUAAUGAGGUCACUGAUGACUAGAAGAAACUAGAACACUUUAUUUUAGUGAGAGAACAGAAGAACAGCUGACAGUUAGUUCCUCCCAUGAAAGGAAUAUUUGGGGAGAUUCUCUUUCGGAGAGCGAGAUGAGAAUAUGGAUAUUAAUCUCAUGUUUGUGUGUUAAGUACAGAGCUGCUGCAGCAACAAAUACACCUACAAACACCAGUGAAGCUCACAGACAUUCUGUUGUGAAGGUUAAAAGUGUUGAAACACUUCAUUUCAACCCCGAAACUGUGGGGAUGAAAUGAAUGUUGGUUCUGUUUACAGACACUAAAACCAGCGUUCAGUGACUGAAAGUGUUGUUCUGCAAAAAGUAGUUCCCUCGUCCAACUUCCCCUGAAGCUCACAUUUCUGUUAAUAUUUAGUUUAAACAAACAAGAUGUAAGCAUUUUAAUUGUUGACUUUUGGAGGGCUUGGUUGGCUUAUUUCUGACAGAUAAACCCUUUGCUUCUGCUUCCUCUACUUCCAGAUUUAAUGCUAAGCUAGGCUAACCAUUUCCUGAUUCCAGCUCUGUAUUUUACACACAGAGAUGAAGUGGAUAUUAAUCUCCUAAAUCUCACAAGGGAAGUGUUUUCUCCCCAAAAUAUUGAACUUUUUCUUUAUAAUGUGUUUUAUUUUGUAAUCCUUUGGACCACAGACGGGUCGUGGUGGUUCUGUUUGAGGACCAUUGAGUAUGAAGUUCACUUUAACAUUCUCAACAUAAUAAACACAUCUCCAAUAUGUGAAACCUAAAAAAUGCGUAAAGAACCUGCUCGCUCCUUCGUCAGCCUUGGUACUGGAGUCCGUUUGGGUCGAUAUACAGAUGUUCUGUACUGAUGUUAAAGAACGCUGACUUAGGCAGCGCUCCACGUUAAGUGCAGUUCAUGUGUCUGUCCCUUUAUCCUACUCCGCAGUAAUGUCUUUCAUUUGUAGCAUGUUUGAGUUGUCCUAUAACAAAACUACUGUGUGUCACAUACCUUCUUCGGUAUUUGUUGUGGAAAUUGACAAUGUAUUUUUUCAUGAAUAAAUUAGUAUAUAUUGUUAAUUGUUUUAGCAGAGACUUAUAAGUUGCCAAAUAUAAAAAAAAAGGUCAGUGAGAUAUAUUUUUUUGGGCACUUGUAAAGAUAUUGUGUUGUAGUCCCUGUCAGAAUGGAAGUUUGACUUGAUUGCAAUGAGGGAUAAAUAAAACUGAUA